CUUCGAAAACCGAACAACCUCAUCUCUACUCCUCUGAUUUCUUCUUCUUCCGGCAAAAAAAACAAAAAAAAAAAAAAACAAAAAAAAAACAAAAAAACAAAAAAAGACACCCGAUCUUGAUCGCUCUCUUCUAAAACUCGGUCGAUUUUGUUUAUGGGCGAAACCGAAAAGGAUUCGUCCGAGUUACAUCAACCAUCGCCGGAGACUGCCGCCGCUCCCGCAACCUCUCCCGCCACCGCCGGCUCAAUGGCGAUCACACUUUCCGAGGACUCCGAAAUCAGCCCUAACCCUAACCCUUCCUGGUUCACGCCGAAGAGGUUACUCGUGAUAUUUUGUGUUAUUAACAUGAUAAAUUACGUUGACCGUGGAGCAAUAGCUAGCAAUGGCGUCAAUGGGUCUCGGGGAACGUGCACUGAUGGGGGAAUAUGCACUUCUGGUAGCGGGAUUCAAGGGGACUUUGAUCUAAAUAAUUUUAAGGACGGUGUAUUGUCGUCUGCAUUCAUGGUUGGACUUCUAGUGGCUUCCCCGAUUUUUGCAUCUUUGGCGAAGAGCCACAAUCCAUUCAGGCUUAUUGGAGUUGGGCUCUUGUUUUGGACUAUUGCUACAGCUGGUUGUGGGUGUUCGUUUGACUUUUGGUCAAUAACAAUUUGCCGCAUGUUAGUUGGUGUUGGUGAGGCUUCUUUCAUUAGUCUUGCUGCACCAUUUAUUGAUGAUAAUGCCCCUGUUGCUCAGAAAACAGCGUGGCUUGCACUCUUCUACAUGUGUAUACCGACCGGAAUUGCAGUUGGUUAUGUAUAUGGUGGACUGGUUGGGAAUAAUCUAAACUGGCGCUUUGCAUUUUGGGGAGAGUCGAUUUUGAUGCUCCCUUUUGCUAUUCUAGGCUUAGUCAUGAAGCCUUUGGAGCUAAAAGGUUUUGGUUCGUGCAAAUCUCCAAAAGAAAAAGGAUAUGGCGAAAUGACUAUUCCUGUGGUUGAAGCUACUGAACAGAUUCCUAUUUCAGAUGGGGAGAAUUUAAAAAUUGAGGUAUCAACUAGUGCUGACAGGAGUGAUAAUGAAGCAUCAAAAAAAGUUCCGUUAUCUAAUGGAGCCCAAAAGAUUUUUUUUCAAGUUGAAAGAUUUUGCAAGGACAUGAAGGCACUCUUGAUGGAGAGGGUUUAUGUCAUAAAUGUCCUAGGAUACGUAGCAUACAACUUUGUAAUAGGAGCUUAUUCAUACUGGGGUCCCAAGGCUGGCUAUUCAAUUUACCAUAUGAAUAAUGCAGAUUUGUUGUUUGGUGGGAUAACAAUAGUAUGUGGUAUAGUUGGAACUUUAGGUGGUGGCUAUGUCCUGGACAAAAUGCAGUCAACAAUCUCAAAUGCUUUCAAGCUUCUUUCUGGAGCAACAUUUUUGGGUGCAGUUUUCUGCUUUAGUGCAUUUUGCUUCAAGAGCCUUUAUGGUUUUAUAGUAUUUUUCUCAGUUGGAGAAAUUUUGGUAUUUGCAACGCAGGGGCCUGUAAACUACAUAUGUCUACACUGUGUCAAGCCUAGUCUGAGGCCACUAUCACUGGCUAUGGCCACUGUCUCUAUCCACAUAUUUGGUGAUGUACCUUCGUCGCCACUGGUUGGAGUCCUGCAGGAUUAUGUGAACAACUGGCGCGAGAGUGCUCUUAUACUGACAUCUAUUCUUUUCAUUGCCGCUGGAGUUUGGUUUUUAGGUAUAUUUCUUCACAGUGUGGACCGGUCUAAUGAAGACAGCGAGCAUGCUAUUCCAACCGCAGAGAGGUCGAACCUCAGGCCUUUGCUUGAUGGUAAUGCCGAUACAGCAGAAGAAGCUGUUUAAGGAUCUGACACGAAAUAUCUGACGGCGCUUUGAAGAUUAAUUCGAAGCACACGGUGCGAUCUUGAUGCCCCUUUUAACAGAGGGGCUCACAGGAUAAUUAGGAUGCCGGUACUCACUUAUGUUUUAGAAAUCACGAGGAGGUAGUCACUUUGUUUGAAUUGUUGUGUCCAUGUGUACAUAUGUGUACAGGUUUUAAAUUAUUUGAUUCGGAGUUUACAAAUGUAUACGUAUAAAAUCCCACAACGGUUAACUUUUAAGAGACCGAAAAGGAUCCUUUGGAAUGAAUCAGUAUUUUCUUUUGAAUUUUUUU